UGGCAGGCCGGGCGCGCGCGGGCGGGGCGGCGACGUUCGUCAUUCCGUGCGGGAGGGAGCGCGAGAGCGGCGCGGUCGACCCUCCGGUGUCUCAGACCAGCUAGAGGUGAGCAUGGCUGAGCAGGAGCCUACCCCUGAGCAGCUAGCACAGAUUGCAGCUGAGAACGAGGAGGAUGAGCACUCAGUCAACUAUAAGCCCCCCGCCCAGAAGAGCAUCCAGGAGAUUCAGGAGCUGGACAAGGAUGAUGAGAGUCUGCGCAAAUACAAGGAGGCCCUCUUGGGCCGUGUAACUGUGUCUGCUGACCCCAGCGUCCCCAAUGUUGUUGUGACCCGCCUGACCCUGGUGUGUAGCACGGCCCCCGGCCCCCUGGAGCUGGACCUGACAGGCGACCUGGAAAGCUUCAAGAAGCAGUCCUUUGUACUGAAGGAGGGCGUGGAGUACCGGAUAAAAAUCUCUUUCCGAGUGAACCGGGAAAUCGUGUCUGGCAUGAAGUACAUCCAGCACACGUACAGGAAAGGCGUCAAGAUUGACAAGACCGACUACAUGGUGGGGAGCUACGGGCCCCGGGCAGAGGAGUAUGAGUUUCUGACCCCCACAGAGGAGGCGCCCAAGGGUAUGUUGGCUCGAGGCAGCUACAACAUCAAGUCCCGGUUCACAGACGACGACAAGACUGACCACCUGUCCUGGGAGUGGAACCUUACCAUCAAAAAGGAAUGGAAGGACUGAGCCCUGGCCCGGGAGGCGGGCAGGCCUUCGGACAGACAGACGGACCUGUCUGACGUGCCCCACCCCUACCACCCCCACCCCAUCCCAACCCCUUACCAA